UACAGGUGUCCGCGCUGGCCAUGGAGCGCACGCUGCACCGCGUCUCCCUGGGCAGCCGGCGCGCCCACCCGGGCCUGUCCUUCUACCUCACCACCUUCGGUCAGCUGAAACUGUCCAUCGAGGCCCAGGACCGGGUGCUACUGCUUCACAUCAUGGAAGGCAAAGGCCUGACGAGCAAAGCACCUGGCGUCUGCGACUCCUACGUGAAGAUUUCUCUGAUCCCCGAGGACCCCCAGCUCCGCUGCCAGAAGACGCAGACGGUGACCGACUGCAGGAACCCAGCCUUCCAUGAGCACUUCUUCUUCCCCGUGAAGGAGGAAGACGAACAGAAGCGCCUGCUGGUUGCUGUGUACAAUGGGGCAGGUGAAUCCAGACAGACUGGACUCAUCGGCUGCAUGAGCUUCGGGGUGAAGUCGCUCCUCACCCCAGACAAGGAGAUCAAUGGCUGGUACUACCUCCUCGGCCCGCACCUGGGUCGGACCAAGCACCUGAAGGUGGCCCGGCGGCGACUACAGCCCCCCGGAGGAGGUGCCCCGCUGCGAAUGCCUGGAGGCGAGGACGUGGAGGAUGGGGAGAGAGUCCAGAUUGCCAUCCCGAGAGGCAAGGACGGCUUCGGCUUCACCAUCUGCUGUGACUCACCCGUCCGGGUCCAGGCCGUGGAUUCUGGAGGCCCAGCCGAGCGGGCAGGGCUGCAGCAGCUGGACACGGUGCUGCAGCUGAACGAGCGGCAUGUGGAACACUGGAAGUGUGUGGAGCUGGCGCACGAGAUUCGGAGCUGCCCUGGGGAGAUCAUCCUGCUGGUGUGGCGCAUGGUGCCCCAGGUCAAGCCGGGGCCGGACGGCGGCGUCCUGCGGCGGGCCUCCUGCAAGUCCUCGCACGACCUGCAGUCCCCCCCCAACAAACGCGAGAAGAACUGUGCCCACGGGCCCCCGGCCCGGCCCGAGCAGCGCCACAGCUGCCACCUGGUGUGCGACAGCUCGGACGGGCUGCUGCUGGGCGGCUGGGAGCGCUACACCGAGGUGGCCAAGCGUGGCGGCCAGCACACCCUGCCCGCACUGUCCCGGGCCACGGCCCCUGCCGACCCCAACUACAUCAUCCUGGCCCCUCUGAACCCGGGGAGCCAGCUGCUGAGGCCCGUGUACCAGGAGGACACCAUUCCCGAAGAGUCGGGGAGCCCCGGCAAAGGCAAGUCCUCCGCGGGCCUGGGCAAGAAGUCGCGGCUGAUGAAGACGGUGCAGACCAUGAAGGGCCACAGCAACUACCAGAACUGCCCGGCCCUGAGGCCGCACGCGCCGCACUCCAGCUGCGGCACCUACGUCACCCUGGCCCCCAAGGUGCUGGUGUUCCCCAUCUUCGUCCAGCCCUUGGAUCUCUGCAACCCGGCGCGGACGCUGCUGCUGUCGGAGGAGCUGCUGCUGUAUGAGGGGAGGAACAAGGCUGCUGAGGUGACCCUGUUUGCCUACUCGGACCUGCUGCUCUUCACCAAGGAAGACGAGCCGGGUCUCUGCAACGUGCUGAGGAACCCCCUGUACCUGCAGAGCGUGAAGCUGCAGGAAGGCUCCUCCGAGGACCUGAAGUUCUGCGUGCUGUACCUGGCGGAGAAGGCGGAGUGCUUAUUCACGUUGGAGGCGCACUCACGGGAGCAGAAGAAGAGGGUGUGCUGGUGCCUGGCAGAGAACAUCGCCAAGCAGCAACAGCUGGCCGCGCCCCUGCACAGCAAGAAACUCCACCCUUACGGCUCUCUCCAGCAGGAGAUGGGGCUGUCCACCUCCGCCAAUGCCACCCUGGAGAGAAGCUUUACCUCAUCAGGACAGACUCUGAUUGGCUGAGCAAGCCCAAGGGCGGGACUCUGCUUCUGGCAACUUAACCCUUUUGGGGCAUCCCCUACCACACAGUCACCUCACCUCAACUGGACCCCCCCACGGAGGACCAAGAUGGUGGGCCUGAGGGGCCCCCCGAAGGGCGAGGCCCCCACCUGGAGUUGCGAGAAGACUGGCUCUGGACGGAGCCCCUCCAGGGGUCCGAGGGGCCCGAGGGCAAGAGCGGCUGGUGUCCCGAGGGUCCCACAUGGACAAGUCUCAGAAGCUCACGCCCCGGGAGGAAGGAGGCAGAAGCACCCCUGGCUCUCGCGUGGCAGCCCCGGGGCCCAAGCGGCGGGCAGAGGUGGGCCCAGCGCAGAACUGCGCCAGGAACCCUCACCACCAGAGACGUCUCCCAUUCACUCAUCACCCCCCCCCAUACUCGGUCCUUCAUUCUCUCACCCCUGCCAGGGAUGUUCCUCACGCCUGCCAUGG